AUGAGUUCGCAAGUACUAGAGAAGAUUUUAAAUUUAUUUGAUAAUUUUCAAACUAUUGGAAAACCUCUUCAAAUAAAUAUCGAGCAAGAUUUAUUACCAAUUAUUCCGCUUCCAAGAAAAAUAAUUAUUGAUCUUCUUACUGAUGAAAGAAUGCCCAAGAUUUUUUACUUAUCAGAAGAUCAAAAUACAGUUUGUUUUCAAAACAAUCUUCGUUUAUGUGCAACGGAUCAAAAUAAAGGGGGUUCAUGUAAUUCAUCAUCAUGCGACGAACUUCAUAUUUGUAAAAAUUAUCUUUUAAAUAUUAAUUGUUUACAAUUUGAUAAUUCUGGAAGAUGUUUACAUUCUCAUUCAUUAUUAACAAAACAUAAUAAGAAUAUUCUUGACAAAUUAAAUUUACCAUCUGAAGAUGAACGAACAUUUGCACUGAUUACUCAUUUAAUAAGAAUUUCAUUAUCAUUGAACAAUCCAUCGAAUUUAAUUUUACAAACAUUGGAUGGGCAAAAAAUAACAGAUAAUUUAAUUGAUUUAUGGCUAAAUGGCCAUAAACCUUUCUUGCGUGAUAAAAAAUUCAUUAAUGAAAAUACCGUUCAACUUAUAUUUGAGGACGAUGAAAUUGCUUCAAUGAUGGAAAAUUUCAUAAUGGAAAAUCAUCGAAGAACAGUAUUAAUAAAGAAAAAUCUCUCAUUUGAUGAAAUAUCAUCUUUGAAUAAAUCAAAAAUCUUUCAAAUACAAGAUCAACUUAUUUCAAAUUCGAAUCAUGAUCGACAAGAGAAAGAUCUUGAUAAUGAAGUUGAAUCAUCAACUUCACAAAGUUCUUCAACAUUCGCUCAACAAUUCAAAAGUAAUGAGAAAGAUGUAUACUUAAAUAAAUCUCCAAGUGAAUAUUCCAACCGUAUUGGUACAUUUGGACGAGGUCGUGGAAAAAAACAAUUAAAUAAUGUUCCACCAUCACCUUCGUUAUCAUCAAAAGAAAAUUUAUCUUGUUUGUAUAAUAGUACGUCACCUGAAAUUAGUAGAAAAAAUCAAUUAUCAUCUCUCGAUUCAUUGAAAGCAAAUGAAAAAAAAAUUAUAUUUUCUCAACGUCUUUAUUCAAUGAAAGUUGAGGAUACUUCACAAAGCACUAAACCAAAACUGGUUGAUAAUAAUACAAAUACAAUAUCAGAAAUAAAUAACAAAGAGAAAAAUCAUGAUGUAGAUAAGUUUUCUUAUCAUAACACGUCUCAAUUAAAUAAUUCAUCACAUUCAACAAAAUUCGAACAGCAAGAAAAUAAUCAAUAUGAAAUUCAUAAUCAUAAUUCACCGUCAAAUAAUGAUUCUAGUGGAGUUAAAUUGCCUCAAAAUGUCUCAUCCAUGUGUUCAGAUGUUAAUUCGAAAACACGGUUUGUUCUUCGUGGAUAUGAUACAAAAAGUAAAGAAAAAAGUAUAGUUCGGCAAAGAAGUCAAACACCAGUGAAUUACAUUUACAAAAAGCAAUUUACUGAUCAAAAUUUGUGUUAUCUUCUUGGUCCUGGCAAAGAACAUAUUGUUGAAAAUGAUCAAUGUCAAAUAUUAGCUUUUUUACCAUCGGGAUAUUGUCGAUCGGCCAAUAUUGAACAAGGAAAAGAUAUUGAAAAACGAUUGUAUUCGAUUUUAUCUGAUACAUUAAAUAUUGAAACCCUAAAAAUUAAUAAUCAUCUUGCACUGCUUGUUUGCUCACCAGCUGCUGAAUAUAUUUUUCAACAAAGUCAAACACACUAUGCUAUCAUUACUGAACCAUCACAAGUUCAUGUCAAUAUUGACGUAAUAAAUGAAUCAACCACUAAUCAAAAACGAUCAUCACCAGUAUCAACUAAAAAUAACGCAUCGUCUUCUAUUGAGAAAAGCGAUUCACAACAAUUUUCAUCGGAUGGAAAAUUUCAUAUAAGUGCAACUGAUUCAUCAAUGAGUGUUAUUUCUGGUGAUAUAAGUCAAAUUCCAGUUGAUAUGAUGAUAUGCGUAAGUACAUCGAAUAAUUUACGUGAUAGUAUUCUUCGUCGUGCUGGGAUUCAAAUUGAGUCUCAAUAUAAGGAGCGUUAUCGUCCAACGGAUGCUUUACUUCUUGAUGGGGGUUCAACUGCAGCACGAAAAAUACUCUUUGUACCUUGGCAAACAGAAGUUGAACAAACAGAAACAACAAAAACUCAAAAAUCCUUAUCCGAUUUAAUCAAAUGGUGCAUUGAACAAGCACAUCAAAGAAAAAUGAAAUCAAUCUCGUUUCCACCGAUUGGUACUGGUCAACUUGGUCUUGAUCCAGCUUUUGUUUGCGAAGCAAUGAUUAGUGCGGCAAGUGAACGCUUACAUCAGUAUAAAAUGGAUGUUCUAUUUGUUAUUUAUUCAUCAACUGGACUCAAUAGUCAUCAUGAUAAUGAUGAUGAAUGUUAUCAAAUUUUUAGAAUUUAUCUUGAUAGUCUUAAUGAACAGAUUAAAUCUAUUAAAGUCGCGACAUCAGCAAUUAAUAAUCAACAACAAAUGUCAAAGAGUUUUGAUAUGGAAAAAACAUCUAUUCAACGAGAUAUACUAGGUAAACGUGUGUUAACAUUAUCAAAUUCAUCAAAUAUAAUUGAAUAUCAUCAUUUAUUGAUAAAAUCAUUGGAAAAUUUGAUGUACGAAAAAAUAUUCGAUUUAUCAUUAAUUGAAUCAACAUUAAUUGAUAAAAUCGAUUUGUUAAUUGAUAUUUGUUUACAAUAUCAUGUUCAUCCACAUAUUGAUUUUGUUCGAAAAGAAUUAAAACUUUAUGGCGAUAAAGAUUCAUGCUUUCAAUGUUUUUCUAAUCUUCGACACGACAAAAAAGUUCAUCAAUAUACUUAUGUAUUUACGCAACAUGGAGAAAAGUCCGACGAAAACAAAAUAAAUUCAUUUAUUUCAUUAAAAAUCGAUGAAGCUUUCGCUGUUGAAGAAUCAAAUAUUUGUGUAAACGAUAAUGAUCAAACAAUUUUAAAUAUUGAUUUAAAUCAUUUACAAAUAAAAAUUAAUGGAAUCAGAGACUCUGCUUAUCUUAUUAAAAGACAAAUCAAUCUUGGUCCAAAAAUAAAAAUUCCAUCAUCAUGGUCUUCAUCUUUGCUUAUGAUUCGUACAAAUGUAAUAAGCAAAUCUUCAUAUGAAUCAUUACAAUGUUUUCAAGUGUUCUAUCAAACAAUGGCGAAAGAUAGUUGGCAAAUUGAACGAAUUGAUUCAAUUGAAAAUUAUCCUUUAUAUAUUCAUUUUAUGAAUAAAAGGACGCAAGAAAGUCAAUUAUAUUUUCAUGGUUGUUCUUAUUCAUCAAUUCAAUCGAUCAUUCAUUAUGGUUUACAUUCGACAAAUGCUUCGAUUUAUGGUGAUAAAUUUGAAAAUCAAUCAAUUAGAUCAAUAUGCUUGACACGCGAUGCGUUAAAUAGUCAUUUGUAUGGAAGUCGUCGUUCAACUGACGGAAAACACUAUAUAUUUACUCUACAAUUAGCUAAAUACGAUUUAAAUGAUGAUUUUAGCUUAUUGCAAAAUGAAGAUACCCAUUUAGCUUUACCAACACAUUUAAUUGUUUAUCAACGACGAAAAAAUAAUUAA